CAAGUAUGGUACCAAGGUUCCUAAUUUCGCGCCAAAAUUUUAAGAACAAAGAUGGCGCCAACGAAAGGUGAAAGUGUCGAUGACAGUUCACUGGAAAUUGGUAGGUUACUGCUAUAUUUACUGUCGUUUUAUACUUUGCACAAGCUACAGAUGUUUGCUGUAUAUGUACUUUUAUAUUCAUAGCAAAAACCCACAUUGUAAUGCCGAAAUAAAAGAGCCAAACUUGAUUAAGAGUUAACUUGCAUAUUGUAUCAUUUGAGUCAAAAUAAUUUAAUACUAUUAUGUACCUAUAUUUAUGACUAGAAUCUGUGGCUACACGCCGUGGUAGGCGAUCAAAGAAAGAAACGGGAGCCAGUGCUGCUUUGAAGAAAAUCAAGUAAGAAAUCUGUAGUGAAUAUAAAAAAGUAUAUUUGGUUUGUUUGCCCUGAUACCUUUUAUAUAUAUUUCUGUAUUUAUCUAGGCAGUCUCGUGAAAGUGGUGAAAAAGUUAAAUAUGAAGUAAGCCUGCAUGCUACAAGGUUUAAUGGUGGAUUAAAAAUAAUUAAAGUUUACAAAGUCGUUAUUUGUUCGGUCACAGAAACCAACAAGCUUCGGCUAUUUGUCCCAAUAAUUGCUUUGGUUGGUUCAUUUAAAAUUUAAAUGGCAGUGUUUAUAUCACACAAUAAAACCGAAAACUUACCCGCAGCUAACCCUUUCCCUAUCCUCUAAACCUAACUCUAAUGUCCUAUAUAUUUUGAGUAUUUAACCGUUAUAAUACUUAACGAAAUAAUUAAAAAAAUAUUAGCAGUAUAUGUAAAAAAUAUAUCUAACUUGUUAAUAGGAUGCAUUUGUUGUGUUUGUGAGUUUAGUUGAUGCGAUUACUUUACGUUUUCGUCGUAUUUGAACGGUCGUCAGUACUGGCACUGAACGACAUGGCCAUAGGAUAUGAAUAACUACAAGGCUAGUCACUUAUCUGAUAUACUCUCCAACAUCGAGUCCAAUAUUUCUCCUCAGAAUCGUUGCAGAGCAAUAAAUUUCACAUCGCCUAAUAGUAUGAACAUUCCUCUUUCGAAAGAACAUUGUUUGUUCACCAUUUGGGCAAUAUUCUCGUGACACAUGAUGAACUUUGUUUAUCCAAAAUUCAAAUUUUGAAAGAGGCACUAACCCCAUGAUCCUUGCCACGAAAGCAGCUCAGCAACCUGGCCUCCUCGUUCGAAACACUCCAUCAGGGGGGGAGGGAGGAGCUGCACUGGAAUGAGGGACUUUCAAAGCAACACAAUAAAACACACAAUAUAAAUGAUAAGACAUACGGUUGAACGCAGCCAAGUUCAAUAUUUUAAAAUUAAAAAGAUUGGUAUGAUUGUCAAAAGCUAAAUGUUAUAAUAAGUAGAUAACAUUUUGGUUCUAAAAAAUAUGUAAGGAAAAGUUCAUAACAAGAUAUUUCUAAUUUUCUCAUGCUUCUAAAAAUAGGACUUGAUUCAAUACUUGUUUAUUGUCGAAUACAGCAUGAUAAAGUAAUCAUUUCUAUUUAUAUUGUGUGUUUUAUCGUGUUGCUUUGAAAGCCCCUCAUUCCAGUCCAGUUCCUCCCCCCCUGAUGGAGUGUUUUGGAAUGAGGAGGCCUGGUUGCUGAGCCGCUCUCGUGGCAACGAUCAUGGGGUUAGCGCCUCUUUCGAAAAUGGAAUUUGGAUAAACAAAGUUCGUCGUGUAUCACGAGAAUUGCCCAAAUGGUGAACAAACCAUGUUCUUUCGAAAGAGGAACUAUAUUAUUGCUCUGCAACGAUUCUGAGGAGAAAUAUUGGACUCGAUGUCAGAGAGUAUAUCAGAUAAGUGACUAGCCUUGCAGUUAUUCAUAUCCUAUGGCCAUGUCAUUCAUUGCCAGUACUGACGACCGUUCAAGUACGACGAAAACGUAAAGCAAUCGCAUCAACUAAACUCACAAACACAACAAAUGCAUCCUAUUAACAAGUUAGAUUUUUUUUACAUAUACUGCUAAUAGUUUUUGAAUUAUUUCGUUAUUAAGUAUUAUAACGGUUAAAUAUUCAAAAUAUAUAGGACAUUCAGAGAUUGGGCCGCCUGUGCUGUGUGCAUGUCAAUCCAUGGAGCUAGCAUGUACAAGGCGAUGACUAUAACACAAUACAGUACAAUAGUUCUCAAGUGUAAGAUUUUGAUGUUUCAAGUAAGGGCCCUACAUACAUCUGAUCAUUUCCCAAAACAUGGGGGUCAUAUUAAAAUGUUUUGUGUUUAAUCUGAUAUUCAGGUUGAUGAGAUAGAUAAUGUUUAUGAUGAAGUUGAUGAGGACGAGUACACCAAGGUCGUCAGGAAACGUCAGCUUCAAGACGACUGGAUUGUUGAUGAUGGUAUGUACAAUAUCCAUGCUGAACAUUGUGGCUUUACCACGGCCAAAAAUGGGAUUAAAAACACAGCAAAAUACAGCAAAAACUAAUGCGGUUUGAUUAUUUAUAUCAAGUGAUCAUGUGAACGAAGUGAAAUGAGUAACAUCUCAACCUUCUGUGACUUCACUGAACUCGUUACUUGACCUGUAGGUGACUUAUUACAACACUCCAAUUAACCAGUGAGCAACCCGAGAACAAACAGCGAAGAACGUACACAGUCAGAAUUUUUACAAAGUGCAAUUAAUUCAUUUUGUUUUACUAUCUAGUAUCUUUACUACUUUAGUAUCGAUAGGGACAUAGGGUUGGUUAUUUUUGAAUUUUUUUAGGUAGUUUAAUGUUUAAGUAAUUAAAAUCAUCUGACCUACAGUUCUAUUAGGAUCAUAACAUUAGUCAACAAUUAUAAGAGAUAUAAUUUUUUCUGGUCAUAUUAGAUGGAACUACUGGCUAUACUGACGAUGGUCGUGAAAUAUUUGACGAGGAUUUGGAUGAAAAACCAGCAAGUGGAGGUAAAUAUAACAGUAAAAAUACUGUACUGCAAGUACUACUCUGAACACUCAUACAACACACUCAACUGUCACUUUUUUUGUUUAAUUGUCUCCCAUACAUACAGGGCGAAAUAACGGCCAGUUGAUGGGCGUUGUCCGGCCAGAAUGCAGAGUUGUCCAGUCAAAUUCUUGCUUCGCCGGUUAUUUUGACCCGUCACUUUCGGUAAAAGAAAAAAACUAAUCUUUUCUUUAAAGCUUUGCAUGGCGUUCAUACUAAAAAUAAGGAACAAUUUUACUGACGUAAUCUAAUGACAGUUUGGUUUACUGACGUAAUAAUUGGUUUACUGACGUAAUCUAAUGUUCACUUUUUCUCUGAAGACGGUCGGAGCACAUGGGCCGAAAGCUCAGAAUAAAAUUAAAUACAUGGUGUAACCACAAAUUGUUCCUUAUUUUUAAACUACAGUAAUCUUUACUUGACUUUAUAUUACAUCAGAACUGCAUGUGCUAUUGUGCUUAAGUUGAAACUUCGCGACUUCACUAACUACAGCUGCUACAAACUCGAAUGUAUGGACACGCAAUAUCAGUAAGAAAGUAUAAAGAAAAAGUAUGAUUUUGAUUACGUUUUGUUCAUGCACACGAACCGGUUUGAAUUUAUAUAUUGACGGUUUAAUUCAAGAGCGUCACAUAAGUCAGAAACUUUCAGAGAACCAGAGGUGAGGACAAAAUGAUGAGAAGCAGUGUUAGUUAAUACGUAUUAAAUAAAUAAAGAGAAAAACUGUAUGAAAUUAAACACUGACUAAGUCUAAAAUACUGUAAAGUUCAAAAUAGUGGCCGUUUGUGUUGGAACAAGCAAGCACGCCAAACUUCACAGACCUCACUAAUUAAUUGUAAGGGAUUAUGACACAGGCUACUAUGUUGCUAGAUCUAUUCUCUAUUAAUUUUAGUACUUGCAUAUCGAACGAAAAUAACACUUCGUAUUGUAAAGAUAUAAAAAAACUCGCGUGUUUUUAUUGUUGCAUGUCAAUGAAAUGCAAGCGGGAGCCGUCAAUGCGAGAUAAACAGUUUUCUAUUCAUUUUGAGAAAAAGGAUCGCGAACCGAAAUUGGCAUUUCUCAUUUGCUUCCAUGCGCGUUGACCAUAUCUCAAAAUUUCCAUAUCUCAGAUCUUAGCAUGGCCAGAUUUUGAGGGGAAUUGCGCACCUCUGACCUCCUGAGAUUUUUUUCAUCUCCUCUAAAAAGUCAUGCACCUCAACGUGGGAACUAUAUGAAACCACCUUAAAGCUAGUGAGUGUUAUAUGUUUCAACUGAUCGUAAUGUUUCAUUUGUAGCUCCUAAAAGAGGGCAGAAAAAGAAAAUCGUAAGUGCAUACAUUAUAGUGACAUUACUAUAUAAUGAUAACAAAGUACAGUGCACAGUUCUUUUUAAACCCGGUUAGCACUAUUUUCCAUCCAGCAAACCGCCCUAUCGAUUUUCUAAAGUCGUUUUUUUUUAAUUUUUUUUAUUAAUGCGGUUAGAGUUAGGGUUAGGGGUUAGAGUAGGGGUAGGGUUUGGGUUAGGUACAUGGCCACUUAACACCUCUUGUAUCUUCCGAAAAUGACGUCAUGUCAGUUUGCUGGAUGGAAAAUAGUGCUAACUGUUAAAACCCCUCUAAGUGUCUUUCCAAAUAUCUACAGCUAGUAUACAUGUUUAGCAUCUAUUUUAUUUGACCAUGAUUGUAGAAUGUUAAGAAGCCUACUGCUCAGCCAAAAACCAUCAAGAGUAUGUUCCUCAUGGGAUCAAAAUCAACCAAGUCUGACCAG